AUGGGGGGGCUCUGGCGUCCGGCGUGGAGGCGCGUUGUUUUCUGUGGCUGGCGCUGGAGCCACCCUGGGUCCCCGACCAGGGUUGCCGAGAGGGUAGAGCCGUGUCUCAGGCCGGGAAGGAGUGGGACAGGAAGUGCUGAAAGGGGGCAGAGGCGGCUUGGGACAUGGAGGUGCCCGAACCCUGGCCGGGAGUUGACCCUGCAGCCGCCAAGGCGGCCGAAGAGCACGAACCCUUUCACACGCGCGCAGGAGGAAGACUGGCGGCGUCGGAACAGGACGGUCCUCACGUACGUGGCCGCGGCCGCCGUGGGCAUGCUGGGGGCGUCCUACGCCGCCGUGCCCCUUUAUCGGCUUUAUUGCCAGACUACUGGUCUUGGAGGAUCAGCAGUAGCAGGUCAUGCAUCAGACCAGAUUGAAAACAUGGUGCCUGUUAAGGAUCGAAUUAUUAAAGUCACCUUUAAUGCAGAUGUGCAUGCAAGUCUCCAGUGGAACUUUAGACCGCAGCAAACAGAAAUAUAUGUAGUGCCAGGAGAGACUGCACUGGCGUUUUAUAAAGCUAAGAAUCCUACAGACAAACCAGUAAUUGGAAUUUCUACGUACAAUGUCGUACCAUUUGAAGCUGGACAGUAUUUCAAUAAAAUACAGUGCUUCUGUUUUGAGGAACAAAGGCUUAAUCCACAAGAGGAAGUAGAUAUGCCAGUGUUUUUCUACAUUGAUCCUGAAUUUGCUGAAGAUCCAAGAAUGGUGAAUGUUGAUCUCAUAACUCUUUCUUAUACUUUUUUUGAAGCAAAGGAGGGGCAGCAGCUGCCGGUUCCAGGCUAUAAUUGAAGUCAGCACCUAAGUCUUGCUUCAGAUUU